AUGUAUCUUAAACGUGUGCACUACAUCGGGGCUCUGCAGCUAUUACUGCUUAUAGUUGGGAGUCAUGGGGAAAUGCCACUGUUCUUUCCAGCAUCAUCAGUGCUGCAGGUUACCUCGUCGUUGUCGGUGCCAGUGGUAAUACCCCAACGGAAACUAUUCUGGGAUUGGGGACUGCAGAUGAACUACAAUUUGCCCGCGCAGCCAUCUAGCUUUUAUGCGGCAUCCAUUUGGCCAGAUGAGUUCGAGCGUCGCCACAAACGUCAAUUGAGGAACGAAACACAGAAGUAUAUGCCUACUAACGGACUAACGAAUAUGCAUCCCAAUGACCUUACGGCGGGGGAGCUCUAUGAGAGCAUUGAAAAUAUGCUGACGCGGUACGGCAUCGAUGAGUCCUGUCUGUUGCGAAGUGUGUGCGAAUUGGCCCGACAUCCCUUCGAUGAUGGACACCAGAACAUGCUAACAGCAUUGUUGACCUUUACGUUAACGCCAUCGCUGCAUGAGGCCUUUGCACCCAGUGAGACUGUGUAUCGUGAAAUCUAAGAGGAGGCAGAGCAACAGGGAUUUCUGGGCGAAAAUUGCGCAAAACUAUAUACCGAGUGUCCAGUGGACAUUCUGGGCGGCAUUAGCAAACUAA